UCAGGCGGCUGCUCUGCCUUUGCUCGCCCGCCUCAGCCUUCCUUGGCCGGCGACGAAGGUAGGGCGUGAGGCAGAAUGGCACUAAGAAGUUCUGGGAUUUUAUGAGGACACAUGACAGUGUGUCAAUCCUGAUCUUUAAUACUUCUCGGCAGUGCUUUGUUGUGGUGAAGCAGUUCCGCCCAGCUGUUUACAUGUGUGAAGUAGAAAGACAUCAUCCUCAAGUCCUUCAGAACCAGGACAAGGAGAUCUCCUCCCGUUUAGAGGAUCCCUUGCCUGCUGCGGUAGGAGUGACCUACGAACUCUGUGCUGGCAUCGUAGACAAACCAGGCCUUUCUUUAGAAGAAAUUGCAUGUGGGGAGAUCUUAGAGGAGUGUGGCUAUCGUGUUGCUGUAUCAGACCUAAGGAAGAUCACUUCUUACAGGUCUGGAGUUGGUGUGACGGGUUCUAGGCAGACGUUGUUUUACGCAGAAGUAACGGACCAGAUGAGAACGGGUGAAGGAGGUGGCCAGGCUGAAGAAGGAGAGCUGAUUGAAGUUGUAGAGAUACCUUUAGAAGAUUCCAUGAAGUUUGCUUAUGAUGAGACUCUCCCGAAGACGAUGGGUGUCAUCUUCAGCUUCAUGUGGUUCCAAAACAACAUAGCACCCAACCUACCAAAAAAAUAAAACACCAUCAUUUUAAGAAAGGUUUUCCUGCUGGUUCCAUGGGUACAGAAGACUGCAGAUAUGUCUGCCUCGAUCGUCUCAGCUUGUCACAGAACAAAUCUUUCUCGAAAUAAACUAGGAAGUAAAAUCUGCAUUAAAACCCUCACUCAAUUUCCGUCAUUAGCAAAACACCAGCUUCCCUGGGGUCAGGAUUUACUUCUGAGAGGCAAAUGUUGAUCUUGCACGCAAAGGCUAAGUAAACGUGGCCAGUUCUCCUGUUUUCAUGGCACGGCUCUACCACUAUUUUUAAUAGUUGCUUAGGACCUCAGUGCAGCUGCUGUAGCAGCCUGUCACUGUGGUCUGUACGUACUGGCAGCUGUGUAUUCACUGUAGUUUCUGAUAUUUUUGUUUUUGGAGGGGGAGGCAGGAAACCUUAAUAGUCACAGAUACCAUAACUUCGUUUCUGGGUUCUGCACAGCUUUCAGGGAGCAGCUUUCUCUCUGGUGCAUAGCUCCUUGUGCAGAGAAAAUGUUUGCGUUUUCUGAAGGUGCAAACCUUUAUUUCAUAACCCAACGUAUCUGUAAAUCCUUCUGCUAAUGUGUCAUUUUGACAAUACACCAGCUGUAAGAUUAUAUGCUUCUGUUUGUUCCCACUGUAACGCUGAGCAGCAGUGAUGGCCAUAGAGAGAUUAAUGAGGGGGGCUUCUGCUGGAACACACGCCGCUUUGUUUGUUUUAUGGGUAAUACUUGAUUAAUUAGAUCAAACUUUGUCCUCUAGAGCGGGACUUGAGAGGUCAAAUUCCUUCCGUUUGAGGUGAGUAAUACAAGUGAUUUCUCUGAGGUGUCCUGUGGUCUCAGUUUCUUUAUUCACCCCACUGGGAAGAAUGGGACCUACCCCUCAGGUAACGCACCUUGGAAUUGAACGAGCAGAAGUGCUUUAUUGGGAGAUUUUAUCAUCAUUUGAGCAGUUUACAUGGAAGCCUCCACAACCUGCGCUGAUGUACCGAGCAACACAAUUUGAUUUAACGAAGGGGUCUAGUUAGGAUCUAUAUUAUUUGAUUGAUCAGCCUCGUUCAGAUGUGGACUGUUUGUCACGUGAAACUGUUAAGAGCAUGAAUGAGAGAGAAUAGAGUCUGGCAAUUUAAUUGUGCACUGGUUUAUGUUACUCACUGAGUUAAUGUUAAUUAACAUGAUUGCAUGUGCUUCUAGGGUUGUUGAGGUGCCAAGUGUGUUUAGAAGACGAGUACUGAGAAUAUGCAAACUUUCAUGUAGCAACUGGAAUAAAUGCAUUGCAGAUGGCAUCCAGUGGCUGAUUUAAAAUCGCUGCAUAUCAAAAUAGGUGGAUAAGUAAAUAAUUUUUUGAAAAAUUGCUUUUAGAACUGAUUACUUGCUGGUUCUCCUACUGUCAGGGAGGAAAGAUCCUUGGAAAGCCACUGGAGAAAGAGCAGCCUUCGUUGGUGGGAGUCGUGAAAGUUCAGGCCCGUUUGUGUUGAACCCUGCCUGGUCUGGGGUCAGUCAAGGGCUGAGUUAUCAUGAAAAGCAAAUAAAUCCUGUCUGUCUGAUAUAUAUUUACAUUGGGAGGUGCUUUAAGGCUGGGUCUCCGCUGCUCUGUGCCUUGGCAGUGUCUGGUGCAAUGUGUCCUGAUUGCUCCUGAGGCCUUUGCAAACUAGUACAAUAUCUGUAAUAAAUAGUGCUUUAUUUCA